UCACUGCUACAGUUCUGGAGCACAUGUUGACUACAGAGCAGAGAGGAGAGCUGCCCAAGACCCUGACUGACAUGUACUCACACUUCCUGCUGGUUCAGACAAAGAGGAAGAAGAACAAGUACCAUGAGGGGCAUGAGACCAGUCCACAGGAGCUGACGGAGGCUGACAGGGAAGUUCUUCUGAAGCUGGGGAGGCUGGCGUUUGAACAUCUGGAGAAAGGAAACAUCAUGUUCUACCAAGAAGACCUGGAGCAGUGUGGUCUGGAUGUGACAGAGGCCUCGGUGUACUCAGGAGUUUGUACAGAGAUCUUCAAAAGAGAGUGUGUGAUCUUCCAGAAACCAGUUUACUGCUUUGUUCAUCUGAGCAUUCAGGAGUUUCUGGCUGCAGUCUACAUGUUCCACUGUCACACCAACAGGAAGACAAAGGUGCUGAAGGACUUCUUGGAAAAUAAUCCAGAUGAUCCUUACUAUUACAUUUCGUUUUCGGAUGAUUUACUGAUGAGAGUCAUGUCUAAAUCCCUCCAGAGUAAAAAUGGUCGUCUGGACCUGUUUGUUUGCUUCCUUCAUGGCCUCUGUCUGGAGUCCAACCAGAGACUCUUAGGAGGUCUGCUGGGUCAGACAGAGAAUAUUCCAGAAACCAUCCAGAGAGUCAUCAAGAGCCUGAAGGAGAUGAACAGUGAUAAAAUCUCUCCUGACAGAAGCAUCAACAUCUUCCACUGUCUGAUGGAGAUAAAUGACCUCUCAGUACAUCAGGAGAUCCAAGAGUUCCUGAAGUCUGAGAACAGAUCAGAGAAGAAACUCUCUGAGAUCCACUGCUCAGCUCUGGCCUUCAUGCUGCAGAUGUCAGAGGAGGUUCUGGAUGAGUUGGACCUGCAGAAGUACAACACAUCAGAGCAGGGACGACACAGACUGAUUCCAGCUGUGAGGAACUGCAGAAAGGCUCGACUGACUCACUGUGGAUUCUCAGAGACUCACUAUGAAGUUGUGGCCUCAGCUCUGAAGUCCAACCCCUCCCAUCUGACGGAGCUGGACAUGAGUGAGAACAGCCUGCAGGAUCCAGCAGUGAAGCUUCUGUGUGCUGGACUGGAGAGUCCAUACUGUCGACUGAAGACUCUGAGAUUGAGGGGCUGUGAUUUGUCAGAGAUCAGCUGGGAUUAUCUGGCAGCAGCACUGAAGUCCAACCCCUCGUAUCCCACAGAGGUGGACCUGAGUGGAACCUACAGCUACCUGCAGGGUUCAGGAGUGAAGCAUCUGUGUGGUUUCCUGGAGAAUCCACGAUGUCGAUUUGAAACUCUGAGAUUGAGGGGCUGUGAUUUGUCAGAGAUCAGCUGGGAUUAUCUGGCAGCAGCACUGAAGUCCAACCCCUCCCAUCUGAGAGAGCUGGACCUGAGUAACAACUACCUGCAGGAUUCAGGAGUGAAGCAUCUGUGUGGUUUCCUGGAGAGUCCAGGAUGUAAACUUGAAACUCUGAGAUUGAGGGGCUGUGAUUUGUCAGAGAUCAGCUGGGAUUAUCUGGCAGCAGCACUGAAGUCCAACCCCUCCCAUCUGAGAGAGCUGGACCUGAGUAACAACUACCUGCAGGAUUCAGGAGUGAAGCAUCUGUGUGGUUUCCUGGAGAGUCCAGGAUGUAAACUUGAAACUCUGAGAUUGAUGGGCUGUGGUUUGUCAGAGAUCAGCUGUGAUUAUCUGGCAGCAGCACUGAAGUCCAACCCCUCCCAUCUGAGAGAGCUGGACCUGAGCUCCAACAACAAGCUGCAGGAUUCAGGAGUGAAGCAUCUGUGUGGUUUCCUGGAGAGUCCAGGAUGUAAACUUGAAACUCUGAGAUUGAAGGACUGUGAUUUGUCAGAGAUCAGCUGUGAUUAUCUGGCAGCAGCACUGAAGUCCAACCCUACAUAUCCCAGUGUACUGGACCUGAGCGUAAACUUCAGCAACCUGCAGGAUUCAGGAGUGAAGCAACUGUGUGUUCUACUGGAGAAUCCACGAUGUCGGUUUCAAACUCUGAGAUUGAAGCGCUGUGAUUUGUCAGAGAUCAGCUGGGUUCAUCUGGCAGCAGCACUGAAGUCCAACCCCUCCCAUCUGAGAGAGCUGGACCUGAGUAAUAACUACUCCUGGUCGUCGACUAAGAACAAGCUGCAGGAUUCAGGAGUGAAGCAUCUGUGUGGUUUCCUGGAGAGUCCAGGAUGUAAACUUGAAACUCUGAGAUUGUGGGGCUGUGGUUUGUCAGAGAUCAGCUGUGAUUAUCUGGCAGCAGCACUGAAGUCCAACCCCUCCCAUCUGAGAGAGCUGGAGCUGAGCUGGAACAACCUGAAGGAUCCAGAUGUGAAGCAGCUGUCUGAUCUUCAGCAGAGUCCAGACUACAGACUGGAGACUCUGAGGUGGAAGGAUAAUUUUUGGUAAACAGGACGGUGUGUGCUGAGAGAGGAGGAGCUGUGUCCUGAUGAUCCAGAGAGGUUGAAGCAGCAGCAGCUUGUGUGUAGAGAUGCUCUGACUGGGCCAUGUUACUGGGAGGUGGAGAGGAGAGCUUCAUCCAGC